ACGCGGCUGGGUGCGGCGCGGCGCGGCGCGGCGCGGCUGCGAGACCGGCAGGAGGGCGCCGCCUCCUCCCCCGCCCUCUCCGCUGAGGAUGGAAGUGACGAAAGCAGCCGAGGAGGUCACUUCCUGCUGGGGUGGAUGAGGAGGAGCCGGAGACGCCGCGGAGGAGACCGGACCGAAGACGGACCGUGCGGGGGAGAGCAGGAGGGUGAAAAUGAAAGCAGGCUGUAGCAUCGUGGAAAAGCCAGAAGGAGGUGGAGGGUAUCAGUUUCCUGAUUGGGCCUAUAAAACAGAGUCGUCCCCGGGUUCCCGGCAGAUCCAGCUAUGGCACUUCAUCCUGGAGCUGCUGCAGAAGGAGGAGUUCCGCCAUGUCAUCGCCUGGCAGCAGGGAGAGUACGGGGAGUUUGUCAUCAAGGAUCCAGACGAGGUGGCCCGCCUCUGGGGCCGCAGGAAGUGCAAACCACAGAUGAAUUAUGACAAGCUGAGCCGGGCCCUGAGAUACUAUUACAACAAGAGGAUCCUUCAUAAAACAAAAGGGAAAAGGUUUACUUAUAAAUUUAACUUCAACAAGCUGGUGAUGCCCAACUACCCAUUCAUCAACAUACGGUCAAGUGGUGUGGUUCCCCAGAGUGCGCCACCAGUGCCAACAGCCUCUUCCCGCUUCCAUUUCCCACCUCUGGACACCCAUUCUCCAACUAGCGAUGUGCAGCCAGGGCGGUUCUCUGCUAGCUCCCUAACUGCUUCUGGCCAGGAGUCAAGCACUGGCACUGAUAGAAAGGUGGAGCUUUCGGAGCUGGAGGAUGGCUCAGCCGCUGACUGGCGCCGGGGUGUGGAUCUCAUGUCCUCCCGGAAUGCUGUCGGCGGAGGGAUUGGCCAUCAGAAGCGCAAGCCUGACAUCAUGCUUCCCCUGUUCUCUAGGCCAGGGAUGUACCCUGACCCCCAUAGUCCCUUCGCCAUCUCUCCCAUCCCCGGCCGUGGAGGCGUCCUGAAUGUCCCCAUUUCACCAGCCCUCUCCCUGACUCCCACCAUCUUCUCCUAUAGCCCGUCGCCAGGCCUGAGCCCCUUCACCAGCAGCAGUUGCUUCUCCUUCAACCCUGAGGAAAUGAAACACUACCUUCAUUCUCAAGCCUGUUCUGUGUUCAACUACCAUCUGAGUCCGCGGACAUUUCCUCGUUACCCGGGGCUCAUGGUUCCACCACUGCAGUGCCAGAUGCAUCCUGAGGAGUCAACCCAGUUUUCCAUCAAGCUGCAGCCCCCACCUGUCGGGCGGAAGAACCGGGAGAGGGUGGAGAGCAGCGAGGAGGCAGCGCCUGUCACUGUUCCCACGCUGGCUCCUGUUCCCCCGAGAAUUAAGGUGGAACCAGCCUCUGAGAAGGAUCCUGAGAGUCUCAGGCAGUCGGCACGAGAAAAGGAGGAGCGCUCUCAAGAAGAGGGCAGUGUGCCAAGCAGGACCACAGAAGAGGAAAAAGGCACCAUCUUUGCCCGCCCGGCUGCACCGCCUGUCUGGCCCUCUGUACCCAUUAGCACCCCAAGUGAAGAACCCCUAGAGGUGACUGAAGACAGUGAGGACAGGCCUGGCAAAGAGCCCGGUGCACCUGAGAAGAAAGAAGAUGCCCUGAUGCCCCCCAAGCUUCGGUUGAAGAGGCGCUGGAAUGAUGACCCUGAAGCCCGGGAGCUGAGUAAGAAUGGCAAGUUCCUCUGGAAUGGGUCAGGACCCCGGGGCUUGGCAACGGCUGCUGCUGACGCUUAGAACUGGAAGUUGAUUGGGAGCUGUUUAUACUAUAAUCAAACACAUACAUGUAUUUAUGUAGCAAGAUUUCAGGGUGGGGGGCGGGGAGGGAAUUAGGCUGGUUUGAUCCUUCUAGGGGCAUAGACUUGUAUUUUUAUGUUUGGGGGAUAGGAUGGGGUAUCUUCUGUUGUAAAUUAGAUGGGAUGUGAACACACUUUUUUUCCUGGUGAGUAGGACAUGGGAAGGGUAUUGAACUGAAAGAAGAAAGAGCCUCUGUUUCCUGUUGAGGCUUACACUUUCUGACAAACUCCCAGAGGGCCAAGAUACUGUUUGGCCCCAUGAUAGUUCAGGUUCCAGACUUGUUUCUUUUCUAUUGUAUUUAUAUAUGGAAAGCCAUUAAUGAAUUUAUUUUGCUCUGAGACAUACACAUAAAAGGGAAAGGGGUGUGGUUGGGAGGUUGAGCAGUGAGAGACCAUUAAUACUUAAGUAUUUUGCCUGAAAUGUUUCUUUAUAAUUAUUUCAGGGGAGGAAUAAGAUAAUCUCAGUCUUACGGGGGCAGGAGGAUGUUCAGGUGUUGCUCUUUUUCUUUUUCCCUUUGUUGUUGUUGUUGUUUGGCUUCUUUUUUUUUUUUUCCUUUUUAUAAAAUGUUUUCAGGAAACAUGAAAUGUACUGCCAGUUAGAGCGGGGCUGGCAAGGCACAGGCGCUGAGCCUUCAGCUACGUUGUUGAGACAGGAAGCCCUGCUGUGAAUUUCUUGGACAUUUCACCUACUUCACCUAUUAAGAAGCCAUGAGGAGUUAUAAACUCUUGUUCAGGGAAGAAAGAAGAGGGCAGGAGGAAGUAACCCAAUGCCUUUAAAAACAAAAACACAAAAAUGCUCUUUUUUUUUUUCUAUCGUGGGUUUGGGGAGCCAAACCAACGUGUGACUGAGCGAGUUGACUGAGAGAUGUGACAGAGUUGAAGAUGUCUUUCUGCGGUGUCUGGUUCUCUUAUCGUUUUCUUAAGUCAAAGCCUUAACAAUGAACAUACUUCAACAUGAUACGGGUCUGUCAACGUAAACCUGUAAAAGGGCAUAGACAACUUUUCAGAUAAUCCAGGAGUGUUGGAAGAUGGUUAAAUUUUAAGCUGGUAUUUAAUCAUCCCCACUUGAUGUAUUGGGAUAGGUAGCAAAAAGGCAGGAUUGUGGGAGUUAAGGGCAGAUGAUACCUGGAAACACAGAAGGUAGCUGGGGGUACAAGUGGAUGUUUAGGAAGCUGAAAGAAGCGUUAGACAGACACAAGGCAGACAGAUGCCAAGAGGCCUGGUGUAAGUGAAACAGUGGGUGUCUGUCCUGUUGUGGUGUUGCCGUUCUUGCCAUACCCAUUCCCCUAGAUUGUACUAAUUCUCAUGAUCAAUUGACUCUCCUACAUGAGACCCCAGGAAUUGUUUCUUCAUGGGAAAUUCCCUUCCAGCAACUUCAAAGGAAUGGGAAAGUAUUGAUCUUACAUGAAGCAAAAGGAGCCUGGAUUAGGGGCAGAGAGAAGCCACAGCCAACUGUGUGUGUGUGUGUGUGUGUGUGUGUGUGUGUGUGUGUGCACAUGUAAGUACAUAGUAGUAUACAGAAAUAC